CCUCUUUGUACAGUGAGAUGAGUAUCAGUCUAAUCGGACUAGAAGAUAGAAAUCACUCGACAUCGCAAUGGCAGAAGUCGCCCCAGCUGCACCCGCUGCCCCAGCUGCUCCGGCCAAAGCGCCGAAGAAGAAGGCCUCCAAGCCGAGCAAGAAGUCUGGACCCGGCGCUAGCGAGCUCAUCAUGAAAACCGUGGCCGCUUCUAAGGACAAGAAAGGAGUGUCCUACGUGAGCUUGAGGAAGGCGCUGGGAGCUCAAGGCUACGACGUGGAGCACAACAGCGCUCACAUCAAACGUGCCAUCAAGAGCCUGACCCAGAAAGGCGUCCUGGUUCAGACCAAGGGAUCCGGAGCUUCCGGCUCUUUCAAGGCCGGCAAGGCUGCUGAGAAGCCCAAGAAGGCAGUGAAGAAAGCCGCCGCCCCCAAGGCCAAAAAGCCAGCAGCAGCAGCGAAGAAGGCCGCCGCUAAGCCAGCAGCCGUGAAGAAGCCAAAGGCAGCCAAGACAUCACCGAAGAAGAAACCUGCAGCUGCUAAGAAAAGUGCGGAGAAGAAGACUGCAAAGAGCCCGGCGAAGAAGGCGGCCAAAAAGGCCACUACACCUAAGAAAGCUGCGAAGAAGGUGGCCAAGCCCAAGACUGUAAAGGCCAAGAAGGCUGCUCCCAAGAAGCCAGCUAAGAAGUAAAUGUAUUGAACUUAACUCAUAAAAGGCUCUUUUAAGAGCCACCCACAUAUUUCACUCAAGAACAAGUUUCUACGUUUUAAAUAUGUAUAUUUAUAUUUUUACCUUGUAUUUGCACUGAAUAGUUUGUAUAUUUGAACAGAUAUAUUUUUCUGGAAGCUCAAAUCCUUUUAUACAGGUGAACGUAUGUGAGUGUAUGUGUUGUGAAUGAUACAGUCAAAAGCAGUGACAUUGGUUAUGAUGCAAGAUGAUUCAGUGCUACAGCUCCCCCUAGAGGCUUAUUCAACCUCCAUCUUUUUCUCCUGUCAUUUUUUAUGCACCACGAUAGGUGAGGCAAAACGUUGGUUGUUUAUCCUGUUCAUAUUGUCAAAAACAUGUUUAUUUUGUGAUUUCCCUUGUUUGUUUGAUAUGGUUUUUUUAUUCCAUUUUAUUUUUUAUUUUACUUCUAUUGUUUCCACUGUGCUAAACACAAAGAGGAGGAAUUAAAUACAAAGGCAUUUGAAACUGUUACUUAUUCAAGCCAAGCGGCUGCUAUAUAUGCAUUUGUAUGUUUAUGUUGCAUGUUGUUAAGUACUCCACCCAAAUGAUUUAUCAUAGGAUGCAGCCUUCAAUUGAACAUUACUUAUACUUACUAUAAACACAUUUAUUGUGUGUGUUUUCCUCCAUUCGUCUGUGUAUUUAAUAAUUCCCACUCAUUGUAAUAUAAAUAUAUUCAAAUAAAACAACAUUCACACUGGA